CUGCCAGGGCGGCCCUGACUUCUACGGCAGCAGCGUGAGCUACCUGGGGGUGCCGGCCCACGACCUCCCCGAGUUCGACAUCAGUGCCUACUUCUCCUCCGCAGCCGACUUCAUUCACCGCGGCCUCAGCACUCCUGGGGCCAAGGUCCUGGUGCACUGCGUGGUCGGCGUGAGCCGCUCCGCCACCCUGGUCCUGGCCUACCUCAUGCUGCGCCAGCAGCUGUCCCUGCGCCAGGCGGUGAUCGCCGUGCGGCAGCACCGAUGGGUCUUCCCCAACCGGGGCUUCCUGCACCAGCUCUGCCAGCUGGACCAGAAGCUGCGGGGCGCAGGCCGGAGCUGAGGGGCCAGAGCUGGUCCCUGCUCCCUGCCACGGGGCUCUGCCACUCUGCCACCCUGGCACUGGCCCUGCUGGCGCUGCUGGGGGCUCUGGCCCCGGGGGACGCCCAGAAGAUGGUAAGAGCCCAGUGUGGGGUCCGGCCUACCGCCUGCUACUCCUUCCGCCUCCUUCGGCUGCCCGCACUUUCUCUCAGCCGCUGUCUUCAGUCCCCACAGAAACAGCAGCGAGUGCGCGGAGACAAGCGGCUGGGAGUCAGCAGCACAACGUGCCUGUCAGAAAAGACCAAGACCGGAGCCCGGGCCACAUCCCCCCGCAGGAUGGAUUCCCUGCAAAAGCAGGACCUCCGGAGACCCAAGAUCCACGGAACAGUCUCUGUGUCCCCCUACCAGCCGCCCACGCUGUCCUCCCUGCAGCGCCUGCUGUGGGUCCGCCGGGCCACCAUGCUGAGCCACAUCGACGAGGUCUGGCCCAACCUCUUCCUGGGAGAUGCGUACGCAGCCCGGGACAAGAGCAAGCUGGCCCAGCUGGGCAUCACCCAUAUUGUGAAUGUUGCCGCGGGCAAGUUUCAAGUGGACACAGGUGCCAAGUUCUAUCACGGAAUGCCCUUGGAGUACUAUGGCAUCGAGGCUGACGACAACCCCUUCUUUGACCUCAGUGUCUACUUCCUGCCUGUCGCCCGAUACAUCCGAACUGCCCUCAGUGUUCCCCAAGGCCGCGUGCUGGUCCACUGCGCCAUGGGGGUGAGCCGCUCGGCCACUGUCGUCCUGGCCUUCCUCAUGAUCUACGAGAACAUGACGCUGGUGAAGGCCAUCCAGACGGUGCAGACCCACCGCGACAUCUGCCCCAACUCGGGCUUCCUCCGGCAGCUCCAGGUGCUGGACAACCGACUGGGGCGGGAGACGGGGCGGCACUGACCUGGUGGACAGCCAGGAGCCCUGGCCCUCUGGUUAGCGUGGCCCCACCCACCAGCCUGGCCCUGGGGACAGCAGCCUCUGCUGUUUCCUGGGACCUUGAGAUGAACUUAGCAUGUGGGGCUUCGCUGAGGCAGAGGCAGGGAGAGCUGGUUGGUUCCCUUGUAGCAGGUGGAUUUCCCUGACCCAAUCCAGAGAUUCUUUAUGCAAAAGAGUUCAGUCUGUCUCUAUAAUAAAAGGUUCAUCAUAAUCAAGA